CUGCAGGAAAUGGCGGUUGCACCUGUCUGAGAAAACAAAGCAACAUCAUCAACACUUUAAUCUGACUUUCUUUACAUCUUUUCGGCAUUUUAAUGUUGUAUAUUUUUGUAAAGGAUUGUGGGACAAUAUGCCGCAGGGUAUAAUCUUUACCCUAUUCAUGCUAACAGGCUUCACCACAGCCAUCAAUGUAAUCUGCCCUUACCCACGCUAUGUGGUCAUAUUAUUCCAGCCGGUCACACUCCGUUGUGAAUUCACCACCACGUCUACAAGCCCACCACUGAUCAGCUGGAAGUACAAGUCCUACUGCAGGGACCCAAUCCAAGCUGCAUUGAACCCCAGCAGUGCUGACAAUGCCAUUGCUCAAUCCAACCCAAACUACAACCCAAACAUCGAGUGUGCAGACAGCUUCAGGACCAUACGCAUAGUGGCUUCAAAACAGACGGAAGUCUCACUUGGCAAGGACUACCAAGGCCGCCAGAUUAGCAUCACUAAUAAUGCAGACCUUAAUUUUGCUCAGACUGCAUGGGGUGACAGUGGCGUAUAUGUCUGUAGCGUCGCCUCAGCACAGGAUCUGUCAGGAAAUGGAGAGUGUUUCACAGAGCUCAUUGUGCUUGAGAGAAAGUCAAAUACUACAGACCUGCUGCCUGGCAUUGAUUUACUGAUCAUGGAAGACUGGUUGUUAGUGGUGUUGGUUGUCCUGGGUUUCCUGUUGCUGUUGCUCCUGAUCGGGAUCUGCUGGUGUCAGUGUUGUCCUCAUACCUGCUGCUGUUACGUCAGCUGCCCCUGCUGCCCGGAUCGCUGCUGCUGUCCCCGUGCCCUAUAUGAGGCUGGUAAAAUGGUAAAAUCGGGUGUGCCAAGUCAGUAUGCACCCACUGUCUACGCGCCAAGCAUGUUUGGCCAACCAGCCUAUGGAGUGGGUGGGGUUGCGCCAGGCAUUCCCAUGCUGCCUAUGCCAGCAGGCGUUGCUGGCGCUCCUUCCAAUGGCUAUGGUAUAGACUAUGAUGGGGCCAGCUCUGUUGGUCAGGGAUCUCAAGUGCCGUUGCUGCAAGACCACGACAACGGAGGAACCCGUAGUGGAUACCGUGUCCAGGCCGACCAAGAUGGAAACCCAACUCGGGUUCUUUACUACAUGGAGCGAGAACUGGCCAACAUUGACCCUAGUCGUCCUGGAAAUGCUGGAGGCAAAUACAGCCGUCUGGAUGGUGUGACUGAGGUGAGCUCACUGCACGACGGUCCGGACUCUCGAAAUCGAGGUCGGGCUAGGCCCCCUCAGCUCACCACGGUGUAUGAUGAUGUGGACGAGAAUAUGAGCACCAUUAGCAGUGUUUCUCAGCACAUGCGACGGGACGAGCCCAGGCGGGGCCCUGACUAUCGAGGGCGUGCCCGAUCUAUGGAGAACUUGGAUGAUAUUGGCCGCAAUUACAGAGACCGAGAUGACUAUCCACCUGCUCGCCGAGACGGUGUGCCUAGGGGCGGUGGGAGAGGUUCGGACGAUGAAUGGAGCAGCAGUGGACGAGGAUACGAUCGUGACUACGAUGACCGGCAGCGUCGUGACUACACCCCUAGUCCCCGUCGUGGGGACUCCUUCCGUGGUGCUGGCUUCCAGGGUCGCCGUGCCCACAGUCGUGAUGACCUAAUGCAUCUGGAGUAUGAUCGUGGCCAUGGGGGCCGGGACGCGUACGAUGACAGCUUUUUGCGGGAGGCCAUGGAAAAGAAGCUGGGCAAACAACAGGGGUCCCGAGGCCGAGAGCAAUUGGACAGUGAGAGCGACCGUUCUGACCGCUACAGAGUGACGCAAGGGGGACCGCCACCUCUACCCCUCGCCCCACCCUCUGGGAACCCUAAUCGCCAUGGUAACCAUAGCAACUUCCCUCCCCCACCCUACACGGAGGACAAUGAAAGUUUGUCCUCAUCCAAAAAGAGCAACUUAAAAAAGAAUGGAGCUGUGAGCAGAGAGAGUUUGGUGGUGUGACAGUGGAUGCUUGGAUGGAAAUAAUUCUUGUGUGUUUUAGUGAUGCAGCUUUGUGUUUUCAUGGUCAUUCAGUCCUUUAUGUGUAUCAUCUUUUGUGAGUCAUCUUUUGUACAAUCUAAGACAUUCGUUUGUAAUGUCUUUUACAGCCCUGGCCUGUUUAUGAACUUGAAAUAACUGAUUAACAUUUUUCCUGGUUUGUUGCUUGUCUUGAACAUUUUUAACAGUGAAUGCUCAAGUCAUGACUGCUAUCUGACACACAGCAUCAGCGUUGAUGUUUUUCUGUACAAAUGUCUAAUAGAUGUUUUAAAGGUUUAGAUUUGUAUACAUGUUUGAUUGUCAUGGAAAAGAUCAACAAUAGAGCCUUCUCUUUUUUCAGGUAUUUUUUGAGUUUGUUAUUUUAAUGUAAUAUAUAUAUAAAAACGAAAAAUUGCUCUUGAUAUGAACUGAUACUUGAUUUUUGUGCCAGUAGUCGGAGGUAAUGUAGUGUCUGAAAAUUAGUGAAUGUGCUCUAAUUUUGUAUUUUUUUACAUGUUUUAUUUUUUAAAUGCAACAGAUUUACAAAUUAAACGUAUUGUUUGUAAAUACCCAAUGAGUGUUUUUAUGCUGUGUAAAUUGAUUUUAUACAUCCUUCUAAUAUUAACUCUAACAUCAGAUGUGGUCGUACAGUGCUUUGCCAUUUUUAUAUUUUUGUACAGUCAUGUCAUAACCUCAUAUAGUUUAACUGUGUAAAAACUGCAAUUUACAAUAAAGUUUUUCAAUUACACCCA